UCUCCAGUUCUUGCUUGAUUCCGAUUAUGACCAACAACUCCGAUUCCGAUCCCAAUUUUCACCAAACCCCUUUCACUCCUCCCGAUCCUAACGCCAUCCUUCCCCCCCUUCCCCCUCCCUCGGGUCUGUCCUCGAGCAAUCCGAAGAAGAAACGUUCGAAACUAUCCAAAAACGAGGACGGAGCGUCGUCCACGAGUUCACCUAAGCCUCCCUCCAGGCCGAAGUACUCCAAGAAACCUGACCCGACUGCCCCCAAGAUCACUCGCCCCUGCACGGAAUGCGGCAAGAAGUUCUGGUCGUGGAAGGCCUUGUUCGGGCACAUGAGGUGUCACCCUGAACGCCAAUGGCGUGGCAUCAACCCUCCGCCGAAUUAUCGCCGGACCGUUUCCCCGACAAAGCCUCACCAUCAUCAUCAGCUCGGCGAUUCAUGGGUCUCGGUUAUGUCUGAAGAUGAUCAUGACGUCGCUUCUUGCCUGUUGAUGCUGGCUAACUCUGCCGGUCCUAGUGGCUCGAGUGGUGCUGAUUCGGUUGGCUUUGGGUUCGGUUUACGUGCGCAAGAGAUCAACGAUUCUUCACCUAACUGGAACUUGACCACCAGCAGCAGCCAUGGUUCAGGAUUCCGGUUCGAGUGUGGGGGGUGCAAGAAGGUGUUCGGCUCGCACCAGGCGUUAGGCGGUCACAGGGCUAGCCACAAGAACGUAAAGGGUUGCUUCGCCAUUCACGAGACGACGAUUCAGACAAAUCUCGGUAACGUUUCAGGCCAUCAGGAACAUCACGACAAGACGGUAACGUUUUCGGGACAUCACAGGUGCGGCAUUUGUUGCAGAGUGUUCUCGAGUGGUCAGGCACUUGGUGGGCACAUGAGAUGUCACUGGGAGACAUCAGAGGCCGACGACGAGCCACACGUACGGAACCGACAAGUCGAUAAUGUCGGUCCAAGCAGUUCUAAUCUCAUUUCUGCGUUUGAUAUGAAUGUUCCUCCCGUUACAGAGGAGGAGGGUUCUUCUUCGUCUUCUUCGGACAUGUCAGGUGUCUCUUUAGAUCUCAGGUUAGGGCUUUAACUUCUAAUAUAUAUAUAUAUACAUACAUAUAUAAGUGGAAGUGUUGUAAUUAGUGUGAAGUGAUUUGCACAAACAUGUAGGGGUUUGUAUAAUUUAGUUAGAAGAUGAUACUGUAAAGGGUUUCGUAUUCUUCAGCUCCAUAGCUAGCUAGGAGGAGAGACAGUUUCAUUUUCUAGGGUUUGUCAGACAAAAAUAACCAUGAUCAAUGCAUUUCUAUAGAUUGUAAUAUAUAAACCUAAUUUUAAAUUGUACC